CCGCCGCCCACCGCCAUGAGGACGAGCCGCUGCGGGCACCUGCCGGGAGCCCCGCCGGAGCGUCCGCGCCCGACGGCCCCCGACGGCAAGACCCUGCCCGGCGGCCCGGGCGGCUGCCCGCACUAUGUCAUGCAGGUGUCGGCUAAAGACGGGCAGCUCCUCUCCUCCGUCGUGCGGACUCUGGCCACGCCGAGCAGCCCUUUCAACGACCGGCCGAUGUGCAGGAUCUGCCAUGAGGGCAGCAGUCAGGAAGACCUGCUUUCCCCCUGCGAAUGUACAGGGACCCUGGGGACUAUUCACCGCAGCUGCCUGGAGCACUGGCUGUCAGCUUCAAACACCAGCUACUGUGAACUCUGCCACUUCAGGUUUGCAGUGGAGCGCAAGCCCAGGCCAUUGGUGGAGUGGCUGAGGAACCCAGGCCCCCAGCACGAGAAACGGACUCUCUUUGGAGACAUGGUGUGCUUCUUGUUUAUCACUCCACUGGCAACCAUCUCUGGCUGGUUGUGUCUACGAGGAGCAGCGGACCAUCUGCACUUUAGUAGUAGGCUAGAAGCAGUUGGCCUCAUUGCACUCACGGUCGCACUCUUCACUAUUUACCUCUUCUGGACCCUAGUAUCUUUUAGGUAUCACUGUAGAUUAUACAAUGAAUGGCGUCGGACCAAUCAGCAGGUGGUACUGCUAAUCCCAAAGUCUGCCAACAUCCCCUCCAACCAGCAGUCCCUGCUGGGCUUGCAGUCCCUCAAAAGAAACUCAAAGGAGACAAUUGUUUGAUUUGAGCAGUUCUGCACAGGGGACAUGCACUAUAAUUAUAAUCUUCAA